AUGGCUUCUGCCCUCUUCUUCCUUGAUCUUAAGGGCAAGACCCUUCUGGCUCGAAACUACCGGGGAGAUAUCCCCAUGUCGGCGGUUGAGAAGUUUCCCAUCCUUCUUUUAGAAGCUGAGGAAGAAAGCUCUGCGGUCCCACCAUGUUUUUCUCACGAAGGGAUUAACUAUCUCUAUAUACGGCACAACAAUCUCUAUGUUCUGGCUCUCACGAAGAGGAACUCCAAUGCGACCGAAAUACUGCUGUUUUUACAUCGGAUAGUUGAGGUUUUUACUGAGUACUUUAAGGAGUUGGAGGAGGAAAGUAUUAGGGACAAUUUCGUUAUCAUCUACGAGCUGCUAGAUGAAAUGAUGGAUUUUGGAUAUCCGCAAACUACUGAAACCAAAAUUCUCCAAGAAUAUAUCACCCAGGAAUCUCACAAACUUGAGAUACAAGCCCGACCUCCGAUAGCCGUAACUAAUGCUGUUUCCUGGAGAUCCGAAGGUAUUCGGUACCGAAAGAACGAAGUCUUCCUUGACGUCAUCGAAUCUCUCAACCUCCUUGUUAACAGUAAUGGGAACGUCUUGCGUUCGGAGAUUUUGGGAGCUAUCAAGAUGAAGUGUUACCUCUCCGGUAUGCCGGAAUUAAGGCUAGGAUUGAAUGAUAAAGUGAUGUUUGAAAGUACAGGAAGGACAACGAGAGGGAAGGCAAUUGAGAUGGAGGAUGUUAAGUUUCACCAGUGUGUGAGGCUUUCCAGGUUCGAAAACGACAGAACCAUUAGCUUUAUCCCACCAGACGGAGAGUUUGAGUUGAUGAGCUACCGGUUGAACACUCAGGUUAAACCGCUAAUCUGGGUUGAAUGCAUGAUUGAAUCUCAUUCUGGCUCCCGAAUCGAAUACAUGCUGAAAGCAAAGGCCCAAUUCAAACGUCGUUCUACAGCCAACAACGUUGAGAUCAUCGUCCCUGUGCCUGAUGAUGCUGACUCUCCCCGUUUCCGUACUAAUAUCGGAUCGGUCCACUAUGCUCCCGAGAAGUCUGCUAUCAUUUGGAAGAUCAAGCAAUUCGGUGGAGGAAAGGAGUUCCUUAUGAGAGCAGAGCUUGGUCUCCCGAGUGUCAAGGAGGCAGAACCGGAAAGGAAAAAGAGGCCCAUAAGCGUUAAAUUCGAAAUUCCAUAUUUCACGACAAGUGGUAUUCAGGUGAGAUACCUGAAGAUUAUCGAGCCAAAGCUGCAAUAUCCUAGCUUGCCUUGGGUGAGGUAUAUUUCUUGCGCUUCAGAUUAUCACGUUCGCCUUCCGGAACCAACCCAGACCUAA